AUGAAACUGCCAAAAAUUUCCAUUUGCAAAGUGCUACUACUGCUCAAUUUCUUCGCGCUACAAGACGUACAACUUGUUUCCGCUGCUAAUUUGCCCUCUUUAUCAACUAGCACUAAGGCAAAGGACAGUUCUAGCAAGGCUAGUUCCACAGCCAAGACAACGACGUCGUCGGGGAAAACUUCUGUAAGCAGCAAGGAUGUUACGUCAAGCCGUAAUAUUACCUCGACCAGUAAAAUGCCCAAAAUCACUGCAAGUGCGAGUACAAGUCUAUAUUCCAACUCUAGCAUAGGGACUAACCACAGUGAUUUUUCAUCUUCAUCAAUAACACCGUCCAGUGUUUAUAUCCCAGUAACAGAUGGGAACAAAUUCAUAUACCAGGCUCGCCACCCCAACGGUACUGUUUUUAUUGCCUUCGCAAGUUGUCUAGGUGCUAUUCUACUGUCUUUAACAAGUGUUUGGAUUGCGCUGAGUAUAAAGUCAUGGCGAAGUGCUCAAAGGGAAAACAAGUUAAGAAACUUAGAAAAUCAAUACCAAUAUGAUCCCUUUUAUUUCCAGUCAAAGUCUAAUGAUAAUGAAAGCGAAACUUCCUCUCAUUCUGACGACAGUGAUAUAUCCGAAAAAGUGUUGAAAAAGAAAACAUCUCGUAUGAGUUUGUACACCCUAGGGUCAACUUCUGUACUAAAUCUUUUGAACAAUAAAACCGAACCCAAUGAAAACUUUAGAUCAUCCAUGUUUAUUUCUCCAACUGAAAUUCUACAGAGUGAUGGCAAUAACUCCAACACAUGGUCUCAGCAAAGCAACGGUAGCGCGGUAUAUGAGUCUUUAUCUAGCACUCCAAGGGAACUUGGUGCUAUCCAAAUAAUUGGAAAGUUUUCAGAGAACACUAAUCCAUUUAAUUAUACAUCGUGCAAUUUAGGCCCUGACUCCAGAGAUGACUCUACUCCGAAGUCCAACACUAGUCAAGGAAAGGUAAAAAAAUACCGUCCCCCAAGUGUUCAUCUGGAUCAAUUACUUGACGGUGAUGAAUAA